GAAGAUUAACAAAUUAACUUUGUUUCAAAGCAAAGUUCGUAGUUCAUACAAUACAAUAUUCAUUCAAACUCUUACCUUUAUUUUUCUAUGCUCACAUCCAAUUCAAAAACUCACUUCCUUUACUCUCUUUCAAUGAUCCAAAUUUUACAAAUAACUUCAGCGUUCACUACAUCUUCACCUUCUCUAUUCUCUACAUUCAAAUACAUAGUUUCUCUUGCCCCUCUAUAUAAUCUUCCAUUUCACUUCGAGUGACAAUCACAAUACAAAAAGUCUUGCAUUACUUAGGAAUUGAUACUUAAGAUAGUUUGACUAAAGAAAAACUUGUGCGGGUUUACGCAUGACCCAAAAUCGACAAUACUUUAGAAAAGCGGUGCAACAAACUUAGUUCGAAACAAAAAGAAAGAAACUCUUAUAUCAUACACACUUCUUGACUAUGAGGAAUGGAGUCAUUUCGUUUUAACCUCCAAGUCGAGAAAGCCAACGCAAUCCUAAAACACCGCAAGCUUCAAAGGGUAACAAUCUUAUUACGACUCGUUGAAGUGUGUGUUGUUUUGGUCUUGAUUUCAAGGCUUUCUUUGAAGCUACUAGUUGUAGUAAGAAACUCAAGUGAGUAUUUAAGGGACGUUUCGGUCAUUGUCAAUAGCCAUUAUUUUGUUUUUGUAAUCGGUAACGUUAUAAUCAUCACGUUGUUUGCUCAGGGUUCUGGAAAAAAUGUUCCAAAAGAACAUGAACAUGAUGAUAUUUACGAAAAGUUAGUUCAUAAUAGUGUAAAUCACGAAGAAAAAGAGAGAAUAAUAAAAGAUGAUAGGAUAGUGGAAAAAGGUGGUAGCUUAGAGCAGCAUAAAAUGAAAAGAGAGGUGAAGAAGAGUUAUAGAAGGUGUGAGACUAAUAUUUUGAAGAAACGACGUCGUGUAUUGGAAAGGUGUGAGAGUGAGAAUGAAAGGAAAAUCAUUGAAGCUGCUACUCCUGCUGAGGAGGAAAUGUUGAGGAUUUCGUAUCCGGAGGAUGAAAUGAGCAACGAUGAGUUUCGUCGCAUUGUAGAAGCUUUUAUUGCAAAGCAACAAAGAGGAUUUGAGGGGUAGAAGAUUACUCAUUUGGUUUAGAAAAUUCUACUAAUGUGAUUACAUGUAUCUUGGUCAAGUUAAUAAGUGUGUAAUGAUUCAAGUUAUAAAUAAUCUUAUUACUAAUUGUAAGAUUGAUGGUUAUUAAAAAAAAUAAAGAGGAGGGAACAAAUUACUACAUUUAA